AUGUUAGUGCAUAUCUUGUUUACUAGGAAACUAUGCUUACCAGAAUUUCUGUCGGAGGAGGAGAGCAGAGUCAUAUACGAACAGUCGGUACUCAAGGAUCGUACGGAAGGACUGAGUGUUGUUCUGGUGGAUCAUCUCUUAAAGAAGCAUGUGGUUGAUCUAAGGAAGUGGAAGAUGGGUGGAAGGUGGAACUACGUCUUCAUUGAUGGUUGGAACCAAGUUGUCUCCACCAACACGUUUAAGGUCGGUGACGUCUAUCAUGUCUGGUCUUUUCGAUCCCGAGGAGGUAACCUCUGCUUUGCCCUCGUCCCUCCUAGAAACUCCAGCGAUUCUGGUCACGGCGUCUCUAAUUCCUGCCUCUCUUCUUGGUGA